UCAUCCGCCGCAAUGCCAAGUAUCAACACUCAAUACAGAACAAACUGCAAGUAUCAGAGAGAGGUGGGACAUCGGUAUUGAAGACGGACAGCAACUAGCUAGUUCUCGACCAAAUAUGUCUAAUAGCUACAUCCACACAUUUAUUGCUAAUUAGGUUGAUUCAAACAUGUUAUUUUCGUAUGUGUUUCCAACAACGCCCUAACUGGCCAAGACCAACCGUGCAGGCUUGAUACAUUAUGGACACAUUUCUAUCUUUGGUUUUCCUGGCCAGUACUGCUUCUGGUACUAUCGCUAACUAUGGAAUGAUACAGCCACAAUCUCCAACAGUGGAGAUUGGUAAAAACUUCACUGCUACAUGUGUAUUGUACAAAGACGCGUUAUCCACAGCAGAGGACAUAUAUUGGACUAACAGAAAUACUAUCGAAAUACCGAAAGGACAAUACACCAAAAUAAAUGAUUCUGCUGUGAACGUCACUAUAACCAUCACCAGUAACACAGGGGAAUGGUUGUAUUGUAAAAGUCGACGGCUACUUUCUCCUGUACAUGGGAUUUUACUGACAAAAGAAUAUCCACCAGGGAAGCCGACAAAUCUUUCUUGCGAAGCGUUACAGUCUGGCGACCGAAUCUCCUCUUACAUAUCAUGUACAUGGGUAUCUGGACUGAAGCAGCCUGUGACACAGGACGCAAAGUACACCCUGUUUGUCUUGUAUUCUAAUACACUAUACAAAAACCAUACACAGAGAGGCACGGGGAUGGUAGACUUGUCCACAUUUCCAAACUUCAUGCAGCUGGAAAUAUGGGUGGAAGAGGAGAACAAACUAGGGAAGGUCCAGUCAGAUCGCCUAGAUAUUGAUGCCAAUGAAUUGGUGAAAACAAACCCCCCCUCUGAAGUCAAGCUAAUCCCAGAGACGGAAUUUCCCAGGUCCCUCCGUGUGGAAUGGAAACAUCCUAUACAUCCUACUUAUUUAAAUUUGAGAUACCACAUAAGGUUUUGCACAGCCAGCUCCAAAGAGUGGUUUGAGGUGCCUCAAAGUGACACAGAGAAUUACACUGGAUCUUUUCGGCUUCAGGAUCUUAAGCCAGACACUCUCUACUUGGUUGAAGUGCGUUGCAUACACAGUAGUAAGGGGGGCCACUGGAGCGAUUGGAGUAGAAGUGUUGAAGCCAGGACCCCUGAAGCCAAACCUGCAAGUAAGCCAGAUGUGUGGCGAGUUAUUGUCCCUAUGGAAGGAAGAAGCGAGCGAGGAGUGCAAGUCUAUAGUAAGGCUCCUGUAGAGUCCAAUGGAAAGAUCCGAAAAUAUGACAUCAGGUUUCCAAAUAAAAAUUGGGAGACUGUGACAGUCAACAAUACAGAUCUGGAUUCAAGCUUCCAAAAGAGGAAAAUUACUGUAUUUCGCAAGAUUGACAUAUCUGACAGUGUAACAGCCCACUUUUAUGUGAUUGCUCACAAUGCUGUGGGCACGUCUCCUGAAGCAUCCUUAGUCAUCCCGAAAAUAAGUCAAGAUCUUCCUCAUGUGGAGGCAUUACGUUGGUACAACCACGAAGGCAAGCUGUGGGUAAAGUGGAAACACCCCAUAAACAGGGUCAACCUGACCGAGUACGUGGUGGAGUGGGUGUCGGUGAGCGACGGGAAGAUGGACUGGCAGAGAGAACACAGACACACAAGUCAGGCAGCCAUUUUGGGUUAUCUUCAGAAGUUUAAACACUACAACGUGUCAGUGUAUCCAGUGUAUUCUGGAAUGGCUGGGAAACCAACGACUAAAGUGGCUUUUCUGGAACAAGGGGCUCCAGAGGAGGCUCCCACUUUGCGACUGAAAAGAAUUGGGAAGUAUGACGUUGAGCUGCAAUGGUUUGAAAUUCCACUAGACAAACAACAUGGAAUCAUUGUCAACUAUACCAUAUUCUGCCUGUUAAAUGGCAAGGAAUACUUAACAGAAACAAUCCCUCCUACCACCUUCUCCUACACUCUGAAGUCCUUGUCCAGUCACACCAGUUAUGAGGUCUCGAUAAGAGCAUCUACAAUCAAUGGGUCAGUCGACGGUCCCGGAACGACUUUCAGCACUCUGAAUUAUGCUAAAGGGGAGAUAGAAGGCAUCGUGGUGGGAGUGUGCUUCGCCUUCCUGCUGUGUGUAUUAGUGGUCUUAAUACUGUGGUUUAAGUUUAAGAGCUGGAUAAAAAAGAUAUUUUGGCCAGAUGUCCCAAACCCUUCGAACAGCACCAUUGCUACUUGGUCUCCUGACUUCCCCUCUAAACCUGACACUCCGAAAGAGGGUGCCCUGGCUGACGUGAGCGUGAUGGAGGUGGAGGCAGACAUGUUGGACAGCAAGUCCCUCUUCGAGGAGGAGAAGACUUGCCUGCCCCUGAAGAAGGACAAGUACCUGUCAGAGGAGCACAGCAGUGGCAUCGGAGGCUCCUCCUGCAUGUCCUCGCCCCGUCAGAGCGUGUCGGAUAGCGAUGAGGGCAGUGACUCUGGUCAGACCACAGCCAGCACUGUUCAGUACUCCUCAGUGGGGGCGACCAACGGCUACAAGGGUCAAACACCCAGCUUGCUACGUCCGAGCCAAGGCCCGACGCAGCAGCCCACUUUUGCCCGUUCAGAAUCCACUCAGCCUCUGCUGGACUCUGAGGAGCACCCUGACCUGCUGGGGCAGGAGGGCAGUGGACAGACCCAGCGCUACCCCUGCAACCCCUACUUCAGACGCUGGCCUGGGGCCAGCGAGGAUGGUGGUCAACCUGCGGCUGAAUUUAGCCAUCUGGAGAUGGAGGGGCAGGGGUGUGUGGCCAUGCUCAGGUUCAGCCCCCUGGAUGAGGCCUCUCAGCAGACCACGCCCACAGAGGAAGGGCAGUCUUCUGAUGGACAGCCUGCUGAUCCCGCCUCUAGCUACAUACCCCAGCUGAAUGGCUACAGGCCACAGUGAAUGAGGCUACAAUGUUGACAUUUUCUGGAUGGUGCAAUUUAUUUGCCACAACUUUCUCUGUGCCUCUUUCGGAGAUGAAUCUCAAACCUUUUUAAAGGCGUUGUCUUUGUAUAAUAAUAGCAGUAUUGAUUAAGCAACAAAUGGUAUUCAUGACUUCAUGGAGAGGUUACAUCUGUGGGAUUUUUUUUUUACUCAACAUAGUAUUGUGCAUAGAUAAAACAUUUCAUGGCCAAGGCUCAUCAACUGUGCCACUCUAUGAAUUAACAUGUUACUGCUGCUACUCUUCACUUAUCAAGCUUUGGUUUUUGUCUUCUUGGGAAAAAGAGGAUUAAGGACUAACUGUACAGUACCACACCCCCAACUAUGCUAUACUUUUCAGCAUGUAGUUCAAACACCAAAAUAAUAGAACAGUUAGAAGAAAUGAUUCAGCAUUGAAUAUUGCCUUAUUAACUUCAAAUGUUCUGAACUUUCCUUAAUGUAGGUCUUUGCCUUACUUUUCACAGCCUUUUUGUUUUGUAUAGAAUUCAAAGUUGCAUGUUUUUAUUUUUUGAAUAAGUCGUAAGUUGUCAUUUUGUCUUGAAUUGGUAAAUGACUCUAAAUUAUACCUUGAGCAUUUACAAAAUGCAUCUGUGCUUGGUAUAAAAAUAUACCCAAUAGUAUUUUGAGAGCUAUCAAUAUUUACAU